AUGGAUGCACCGGAAGCUGCUGGGCGUUCUCGAGUCGACCAUAGCUGCAGUGGAACAAGAACCUAUAACCUCUGCUGCAAUGGGAGCAUUAGGGACUAUGCCUUUGAUUUCAUUAUCGCCAAUGGUGAAGAUGACUACCCAUACGAGGGACUUAACGGGAUUUAUGACCCCUCUCGUAAGAAUGCCAGAGUUGUAAGCAUAGAUGGGUAUGAAGAUGUACCACCUUACAGUGAGAAAGCGCUGCAAAAGGCAAUGGCACACCAACCUGUUAGUGUUGCAAUUGAAGCUUCUGGCAGAGCAUUCCAACUUUACGUGUCAGGCAUAUUUACUGGUGCAUGCAUUAAACCAUUGGUCGGGUACGGGUCAGAAAAUGGUAAGGAUCAUUGCGUGGUGAGGAACUCAUGUGGGGAGAAGACGGAUACUUUAGGCUGGAGCGCAAUCGGAGGUAUGAGCUUUAAACUCCUUACUUCUGAGAAGCAACUGGAAAAUGUUUUAAAUCACGGUGGCGCAGUAACUAAGAAGAAUGCAUCCAAUUUGCUUGUGGGGCUUUCAUGCUUUAGUUGUAGGGAUGAAGCGUGCACGACUAGCUUCUUCAGCUUCAACAAUUAG